AUGGCGCUCCUAGAGCUGGCGCGCAAGGGCGCGGGCCUUGUGGCCCGCGUCGAUUCGCAACCCGCGCUUCAGACUUUCGCCAGGGCCAUGACCGCCAAGGUCAACCAGGUGACCGGCGCGCCCAUGGAGCUCUAUGAGAAGCGCAAGGUGGUCAUCUUCCGACCCGCGCGCGCCGCCUGCCAGCAGGGAAAGGCCCUGCUCAACACCUGGAAGAUCCACCCCGGCGAGCAGCAGAAGUGGGAGAACCCUCUGAUGGGCUGGACGUCCACCGGGGACGCCAUGGCGCACCAGUUCAACUCCAUCCUGUCCUUCGACAGCAAGGAAGCCGCGGUGGCGUUUUGCGAGAAGCACGGGUGGCAAUUCGAAGUCCAGGAACCGCAGCUCAUGGGCAAGGGCGCGUCCACCAUCCCGGGCGCCGGGAAGGCGGGCGUCAGGCCCAAGUCGUACGGGGAUAACUUCGCGGUGGCGAGGAAAGGGAUCCCCGUGUGGCCGCACCCGGGCUUUGAGGGAGCGAGCCAGCGGGCGAAGAAGUGA